ACUGGCUAGUCUGGAUAGUCACCGCGCCGCCAAAGACAGAUAAAUUCACCCACAAUCCACUCGAGGAAGAUCUUCCCCCUUUUCCCCUCCAUCCCUCCCUCCUCAGACUCCCUCUCCCAGACACAGAGUCCGUAUUCAGAGCACCGGGACUCGGCUGGAGGAGCGCGUUUGGAUACGGGAGGUUUCUGGAGAUCACCAAGUAGGGCAGCGGCGGAGUGCGCCCUGUCUAAUCAAACGACCAAUCAAUCAAUCAAUAAAUCAGCCGGAUCACAGCAAGGAGCUUGCAGACUCCUUCUCAUCCGCCUGCUCGAAUAGAACCGAUUUCGUUAAAUAUACCGCAAAAGGUUGAUUUGAAAGACUGAUCAACCAGACUUGCUGCAAAUGUGCCAUUCGCGCGCUCAACGCUCUCAAUGACAACACGGUCUCUUACUGACGGAAACACUUUUGCCUUUGGAGGGGAAAACGGAGAGGGACACGCAAGUCUGUUUAUGUCACGUUACUGCUGUUGGGACACUCUGAGUGACUAGUUACAUUUCAAAUAGGCUAUUGAAUAGUUGAGGCUGUCGCUGGAGUCGUGAUCAGCGGGAAUGAGACUGAGGGAAUCCGCCGCAGCUCGGAGAACUGGGCUGGCUCUCGCUCGGGAACUACAAGGCUAGAUAUACAACUUUUGUGUUAGACUUUAUCUUUCGAUAUGGAGCGAUCGGCAUCGCUGGACAUCGAGGCGCUGAAGUUUGAACUUGGAGGAAACCCAAGAGUCUGAGAUCUCCGUCCCUGUCCUUGCUGCUUUUUAGUCCAGUGGGAACUUCUCUGGCAUGAUUCACGAGAUGACUCAGGAGCAGUACAUCCUGGCAUCUCAGCCAAACCCCCUCCAAAGGCCGGGAUGUGCUACUGUGUACCCAGUGGGGAUUUAUGGCUGGCGAAAGCGCUGUCUCUAUUUCUUCAUCCUUCUCCUGCUUGUCACCAUGAUCGUCAACCUAGCCUUGACCAUCUGGAUUCUAAAGGUCAUGAACUUCACCGUGGAUGGCAUGGGAAAUCUCCGUGUAACCAAAGAGGGCAUCAGAUUAGAGGGAGUGUCGGAGUUUCUCCUUCCACUUUAUGUGAAAGAGAUCAAAUCCAGACGGGACAGUCCUCUGGUCUUACAGUCAGACCGCAACGUGACGGUGAAUGCACGAAAUAACCUUGGCCAGCUGACAGGACAGCUCACUGUGGGCUCUGAGAUGGUAGAAGCCCAGUGUCAGCGGUUCGAGGUGAGAAGUAGUGAUGGCGAGAGAGUUCUCUUCUCUGCUGAUGAAGAGGAGAUCAGUAUUGGCACAGAUAAACUGAGGGUCACAGGCAACGAGGGAGUUGUGUUUAGUCAUUCGGUGGAAACACCACACGUCCGAGCUGAACCAUUCCAAGACCUGAAGCUAGAGUCCCCGACAAGGACACUGACACUGGAGGCUCCAAAAGGAGUUGAAGUCAAUGCAGGAGUAGGGGAAUUCAAAGCUUCUUGUAGGAAAGAUCUCACUUUAGAGUCUUCAGAAGGGGAGAUCUUUCUAAACGCAAACUCAAUCCGUCUUGGAAAUCUUCCACACGGGAGCGUGGACCCUUUGCUCGGUCCAGGGACCACGUACCCCAAACAGACUGUGUACGAGGUGUGCGUAUGUCCCAGCGGCAAGCUGUAUCUGUCUCCUGCAGAGAGCUCCUCCACCUGCCAGACAACCAACAGUGUGUGUCUCUGGAGCUGAGAAAGGUGGGUGGGCCAUGGACCACCCAGCACCAGAAAGGCCUUCCUUCACCUUUCCACUCCUGCUCCUUCCCUUCCUCCUCUAUUUUCUCUGACCUCUUUUCUUUCUCAAGACACUUCUGUUAAGCUUUUCUUUUAUCCACACAUCCAUCCGGCUGUCCAUAUCCCCAUCCAUUGGUCUGCCUAGUAUCCAUAUCUAUCUAUCUAUCUAUCUAUCUAUCUAUCUAUCUAUCUAUCUAUCUAUCUAUCUAUCUAUCUAUCUAUCUAUCUAUCUAUCUAUCUAUCUAUCUAUCUAUCUAUCUAUCUAUCUAUCUAUCUAUCUAUCUAUCUGGCUGUCUGGCUAGUUACCUAUUGUAAAAGCUUAUUUAUAUCUGUAUGUCUGUGUGUCAGUUUGUCUGUCUGUCUAUCUGGCUAGCUGUCUAUCAUGAAAACUUAUAUCUCUCUCUCUCUCUCUCUCUCUCUCUCUCUCUGUCUGUCUGUCUGUCUAUCUGUCAGUCAGUCAGUCUAGCUAUCUAGCUAGCUAGCUGUCUAUCUAUCAUAAAGACAUAUAACUGUCUGUGUUUCUGUCUGUCUGUCAGUCAGUCAGUCUGCCUUUCUAGCUAGUGUUAGCUAGCUUUUUAUCAUAAAAGCAUCUAUCUAUCUGUCAGUCAGUCAGUCAGUAAGUCAGUCAGUCAGUCAGUCAGUCUGUCUGUCUGUCUGCCUAACUAGUUAGCUAGCUAGCUUUUUAUCAUAAAAAAAAAUCUGUCUGUCUGUCUGUCUGUCUGUCUGUCAGUCAGUCUGCUUGUCUAACUAGUUAGCUUUUUUUUCAUAAAAGCUUUCAGUCUUUCAGUUUGUAUGUAUGUUGGUCAGUCAGUCUGUCUGUCUGUAUAGCUGUCUGUCUGUCUACUGUAGCUAGCUAGCUGUCUGUCAUAAAAGCAUCUGCCUGUCUGUCUGUCUGUCUAUCUAUCUGUCUAUCCAUCUGUCUGUCAGUCUAUCUCUCUGUCCAUCCCCAUUUCUCUUCCACAUUGACCGUACAUCACUCUUUCCCAUUUUUGUCAUUUUUAUUUGUCUUCUUCCUUCUCUUGUCUAUUCUCUUCCUCUUUCAAUUCAUCCUCUUUCCCAUCUUCCUCUUCCCCUUUGUCCUCUCAAGCAGAAAUCAGGAAUCAUUAGGCGUAUCUUGGCUCGGUUGAAGCUGCAUCUUCCCAAUCUGUAAAUGGAGCAGAAACUCUCUUGUUUUUUUUUGUUUUUUUUGUGUUUUGUUCCUCUUAUUUUUGUAUGAGCGUCUGACUCAGUGGAGGAUUGCGAAUGUGUGCCGGGACGCUGGACUGCACUCGUGAAUGAGCACACACACAGCGACCCGCAAACGAGCGUCUGUUUUUCUAAAGAAGAUACAAAGGUGCCUUUGCUACUGUUAGUAAAGCACAUCACCUGCUACUCUCCCUCCACGUGCAGUAAGACUAAACUCCGCUAGGAAAACUGACCGAACGAACCCUCUCCUCUCUUUUAGUUCCUGGGUCAAAAAAACACUACGAUAAACAGAUAGGAAAACAAAAACUUACUUUCCUCUUGGAUGUUUCUUUUUGGAAAAAAAAGCACAAGAUUAUGCCAUGUACAUAACAACAUUAAUAAAUAAUAAUAAAAAGAGAAAGUUUAUUUUAAAAAUUUUGUAUUCAAGAAUGCUUGAUAACAUUUCUUUUUUUAUUAUUUAGGUCUCAUGGACAUUGUUUACAUGUACUAUGGUGAGUUAAUGUUAAAAUAAUACUGUUUUUUCUUCUCCUUUUUUUUUAAAAUACUCUUUACCUGUUAUCAACCAAAUUCAAUUGUUGGAUUGUAUUUAGGUCCUAACUAAAAUUGAUCCUGCCAGUCAGAAAGAGGUGCCGUAAUCUUUUCCCAACUCUAUGGUUAUGUUUUUUAUUUUAUUUAAUUUUGUGUGUGUCUUUUUUAUUCCCUCCACAUGAUGUAGUGUAAAAAUCAAUACUGCAAGCUUAUUAUUAAUCAUCAUUCUUACAUUAUUUACUGUUUUCAGUGUUUCGGGCCAUGGACCACUGCACUUGGGUAAAUUAAAAUAUGAUUUGGAACGUUGUUUCUGCAAAAAGAUUUUAGAGUGAAUGAAAAGUAAACUGCCAAUGUAGAAUAACCUUUCAUAGUGUUCUGUAGGGAAAAAGUUUUUGUCCCAUUUGGAAAACUGUAUUAAUGCAAGAAUAGCUCCUAAAAUAUAAUUUCAUAGUAAUAAAUUAGGUGGUAAUUAAAAACAGUUCUAAUAAAUAAGCAACAUGCACAAAAUUUGGAGCCAUUCAUGUAAAAAUCUAAUUCCAAAGAGGUUAUCACACUUAUUGUACAGCAGUAAUCCAAUAACACUUGUGUUUUGGGCUGUCAUCAACCUCAUUAUGACACAUGAAACAUUGUCGUUUGAGAAUUUUGACAGUAGUUUUCUUCGCUUGCGAGAGACAUAACAAAGUAUGUUUGGCAAUAGGAGAUAAAAGGUGAAAAAUAAAGUGAUCGCGCCUGUAAUAACUGAAGUAUACCUCUAAGUUCAAAAACUCAACUUUGUUUUUUGGAUGACAAAAUCUGGAAAGACGAUAUCCACAUAUGCCCUCAUAAAUGUUCAAAAUACGGAUGAACCUGGAUAGCAAACUCUAGAAUAACACAGAACGGGCUAAAGUAUAGUAGUCUGAGGUGCUUAGCAUCAAAAUAACUGUUUAUUUAUUUUUGUGUUCACGUUCAGUAGGAGAGAAGAUUUCUUAAGCGAAAACAAAUAUAUAUUUUCUUAUAAAUUCUAUGCAAUGUGUUUGUAAGAUUGCUGUGAGGUUGGAAAAUUAUUCAGUUAUAUAAGAGGUCAAAAAUAAUGUCCUAGAUUUUCUUUUCAUCAUAACUCCAGUAUUAUAACACUCAAAUUAAACUGGCUCAUGAAAUGAGUUUGAAAAUAAUUAAAAAUAAACAUGAACUGAUGAACACAUGCAAAUAUGUUUGUUUGGGAUAUUAAAUAUCUUUAUUUGGGAGAUGAAACCCAAGCACUGUCUUUCUCUUCGUUCGCUUCCCAUGUUAUUUCUCACCAGUUUUAGAGUCCAUGGGGAGUUGAUUUAUUUUCUGUGAAGAAAAGUAAGGACAUGUGUUACUCAGUCGCCCUGUCUCUGUCUUUUUAUUUCUUUAUUGUCUGUCCAUUUUCUAUCAAUGUUUGACUAGAAUGGGUAGAGGCAGGCAGAGGCAGUCUUUGAGGCUUUCGAAUCAAAUUUACCAUGAAAUAGAACAUCUUCAUAAAAGGAUGAGGUCAGUGCUUUGGUUAGGACUCACUCCUCUGGCACCUCUACUCUCAUUUGGAAAAGCAAAGAGGUCUUAUAAAGCUUAUGAACUCUGGGAGAGAAGCUAAACAUCUGAGGAGAGCGAGGGCCAUAAAAAAACGAUUCAUUCUUCACUGUAUUUUGUGCUCAUAAAUUUUGGCCCACUAUUAAAAACGUGUUUUGAGUGUAAAACAAACACCCUUCAUGGUUUUUUGCUUGUUUGUUUUUUUUCAAGCACAUGUACUAUUUUUCGGUCAUUGCACUUUAUUUACCCUUUACAGUAUGUGUUUUAAAAUGAGAUUCGAAGGUGAAAUAUGAUUAAAUCUGUUUCCAAGGGCUUUGAAAACAAACUUUGUUGAGUCUUGAGAUACAGGUUCAUUACAAAUUCAGUGUGAAUUUCAUACUUAUUGUUUAAUGUCAUC